AUUUUGGCAAGAACCACAAAACUAGUUAUAAACUCUUAUAAGGACGAGGACUACAACAACUAUAACAAAAGCGUUGUACUAGUUAAAUUGUCGAACAACAAAUAACCCACUACUCUUUAUAAAAACCACAAACAAAAACAUCCUGAACAAGAACAACAAAGAAGACGACGACAACAGCAGCACUAGAGUGAAAACAACAACUUUUUACCCACAAUUUACUAUCGCACAUUGUUUGUUUGUUUAUUUUUUGUAACAGAGAGUGUGUCUGUGUGUAAAUUUUGCUUUUGUUGCGUGUAAGAGAAAAUUUAACUCAUUUUCCAAAAUGAAUCUCGUAAUGGCAUCCGUGCUUUUGUUAGCCAUGUUGGCAUUUCAACCGACAUUGAUUUAUGGCACAAAGAACUUGGCAUCCGCUAGAAAUGGCGGCGGCAGCAGCAGUCGUUUGACUAGCAGCCUCAACAACAACAACCGUAAUAUUAGAUCCUCAAAAUACGGAAAGAGACACUCCACCGAACCCUUAUAUUCACCCGCAUUAUCUCCAACAGCGGCUAAAUUAGUCAUGUCGCUGGAAUCGGGUGAUGUAUUGGUGCGUUCAGCUAGAGGUGCUGCCACUGAUCAAAAUCAAAACCUCUCGCCUGCCAACGGAAACAAUGAUGGUAAACGUCAGAAAAAUAAUAAUAAAAAAUUAAACAAAAACUUAGCCUCUCAAGAGGGUGCGGCGGCAGCAGCAGGAGCCACUCCAUCAUCGUCGUCAUCCACAGCAACUUCCUCAAACAGACGUAAACAUUUGGAAAAGAAAUUUUCCGCAGCUUCAGGAUUAUCAGGCAAUCAACAACAGCAACAGAAACAGCAUCCAAAUACCAAUAGCAAUAACAAUAAAGGCAAUAACAACAAACAACGUCAAAUGCUUAAAUCACAAAAUCACCAAAAUAAACGUUCAGGCGGUGGCAAACAAGCAAACAAAGAAAACGUUGAGAAAACCCAAAGCGAAAGUGAAAAAUCACCCACCACUUGCCGUUAUGCCAAAAGUGCUUGGUCGGAAUGUGAUCCCAAGACCAAUAUGCGUUCCCGCAUUUUAACUUUAAAAAAGGGUGAACCAAAUUGUUUAGAAACCAGAACAAUGCAAAAGAAAUGUAAAAAAACUUGUCGUUAUGAAAAGGGUGCCUGGUCUGAAUGUGCUAAUGGACAAAUGACGCGUGAGGAUAAAUUGAAAGCAACAGGCGGUGUUGAGACCAGCUGUGAGGCCGUGCGCAGUAUUAACAAGAAAUGUAAUCCCAAUAAUGGUGCCAGCAAACAGGCUAGUGGUGGUGGUGGCAGUGGCAAUGGCAAGAAGGAACGUAAAAACAAAGAAAAAGGUUCCCGUCGUGUUGUUAAGAACUAAAGUAACCACAAAAUAAACCACAAUUCUUUAAUAUUAUUUUAAGCAUAUUUUUUUUAUUAUUAUAAAACAAACGUUAUUUAAGA